ACCAUAUUCAAGCUUCCUGCUGAAACAAAUGCUUGGCCACCAGGUAUCCAUUAUAUGAUUGUCAUUUCCUCUUCUUGUUAUGAUAUAUUCUAGUAAAUGCAGAAGUAUUGCUAAUGCUGAAUUGUCACAUGCAGGUGAUGGUUUUGCAAAUGGAACCAUUGAUCUGGGUGGGCUGCAAGUGGCUCAAGUAACAACAUUCAACAAAGUUUGGGCUGCCUAUGAUGGUGGACCAGACAAUCAAGGUUUCACAAUGUUUGAACCAAGAGUAAUACCUCAAGGAUUCUCUAUGUUGGGUAGCUACAGCCAACCAAACAACAAACCUCAAUUUGGAUGGGUUCUUGUGGCAAAAGAUGUGUCUUCAAGUACCACCAAUGGCACAUUAAAGCAACCAGUUGAUUACACACUUGUAUGGAACAGUGCAUCUCUUUCCAUUACCCAAGAUUUCCCUGGCUAUGUUUGGCUACCAAUAGCACCUAAUGGCUAUAAAGCUUUAGGCCAUGUUGUCACCACCACACCAGAUAAGCCUUCCCUUGAUAAAAUCAGGUGUGUCAGGUCAGACCUCACUUACCAAGGUGAGACAUAUUCAUGGAUUUGGGGAACAGGCAAGGACAGUGAUCCAAGUGGCUUCAAUGUUUAUGAUGUGAGACCAAGCAAUAGGGGAACUCAAGCUCCUGGUGUUCGUGUAGGCACCUUUGUUGCACAAAAUGGUGGGAGUACUAGCCUUCAAUCUAUAGCAUGUUUGAAAAACAUCAAUGCUAACACAAAAUACAUGCCUAAUCUACGACAAAUUGAUGCAAUACUCCAAGCUUAUUCUCCAUCUAUGUACUUGCAUCCUGAUGAAGCAUACUUACCUUCUUCUGUCAAUUGGUUUUUCUCCAAUGGAGGACUAUUAUACAAGAAAGGGCAAGAGUCAAAUCCUGUCCCUAUAGCACAAAAUGGCACUAACCUUCCUCAGGAUCCUAACAAUGAUGGUGCAUAUUGGCUAGACCUGCCUGCUGAUGAAGCCAACAAAGAGAGGGUCAAGAAAGGAGAUUUGCAAAGUUCCAAAGCUUAUGUACAUGUGAAACCAAUGCUUGGAGGAACCUUCACUGAUGUAGCCAUGUGGGUCUUCUACCCAUUUAAUGGACCUGCUAGAGCAAUAGUAGAGUUCAUUACUAUUAAUUUGGGGAAAAUAGGUGAACAUGUUGGUGAUUGGGAACAUGUAACAUUAAGGGUAAGCAACUUCAAUGGUCAACUAUGGCAGGUCUAUUUCUCACAACAUAAUAAGGGUACAUGGGUGGAUGCCUCUCAGCUUGAGUUCCAAAGUUGGAGCAAACCUGUGGUUUAUUCUUCCUUGCAUGGUCAUGCAUCAUACCCACAUCCUGGCCUUGUUCUGCAAGGGACAAAUGGAACAGGUAUAAGAAAUGAUACUUCUAAGGGUGACUUAGUCAUGGAUAUGGGGACAUAUGAAUUGGUUUGUGCAGAGUAUUUAGGAUCUGCAGUUGUAGAGCCAGCUUGGUUGAACUAUUUCAGGGAAUGGGGUCCAAAAACUGAUUACAGUAUAGAUGAUGAGUUGAAGAAGGUGGAGAAGUUGUUGUCUGGGAAGCUAAAAUCUGCUUUUGAAAAUUUUGUAAAGAGUUUACCAAAGGAAGUGCUGGGAGCGGAAGGACCCACAGGUCCAAAGGUGAAGAAUAAUUGGAGUGGUGAUGAAGCAUGA